AAAAAAUUACGACCUUUUAAUUUAAUUUUAAUAAUUCUUUUAAAAUUAACUUUUAUUUAAAUUAAUUUAAUUUUAAUGUAACUUUUAAUCAAGUUAGUUUAUUGAAUAACUUUUGACAUAACUACAUUAAUCUUGAAAGAUAUUAAUUUAAUUUAGUUAAAAAAAUAUAUAUACUUUUCUUUGAUAAUUUUCCCGAUUCUACUUUAGUUUUUUAUUUUUAAUGCGUAGGCAUUUACCAUAGAAUACAGACAAUAAAUAGCGUUCUUAUUACGUGCUAAUAUCGGACGGAGAGAAGUGGUAGACCGCAACACAUUUAUAACUUUUCCGUCUCGCCUUUUGUCUUCCGUCAAUAGAUAUCAAAUUACAGAUAGCGCGUAAUAAUACUCAGUAAUAAUAAAAAACUAUUACUGAGUUUUUUCAUAAUAUUUUACUUUUUACGUACUGCUUAUUACACUUAAUAUUAAUUCUGUAAGAGAGUGACGCAAUCAAGUUCUUACCAAUUUUAUGAAUAUUUUACGAGCAUGAAAUUCCAUGAAUAUUCCAGGAUCCGCGCAAUUAUUUUUUGCAGUUAAUAAUAACACGGCGCAAUAGCAAUCUAAGAUCUAUAAUCAUUACUGUCAAAUUUCUACAUAUUGCUAAAUAAAAUACAUCUAUCAGUGGUAUCGCGAAGCUCUUUUAUUUCAUUUAUCUGAAGAAAAAAAACUACGGAAUAGGCAAACUUUUUCAAGAACGUACGAACUUUUGUCUCGCGGUUAGCAAUCGGGCCAAGGGCCGAAUCAAUCGCACGUAACAUUUGAUGGAUUUUACUUUCCCAUGACGAUUUUUCAAUUCAAUCUAGUUUCGCCCAUGUAGGCCAAUGACGCACCCCGCACCCUUUAAGCCGUGAUGAGAUUCGAUCGUUUUCCAAUAAGUUAUUAAAGGAAUCGAUUUUUCCCUUGAUACAAACUACGAGCCGGAGUCCACGCUCAGUCCACGAUUGCGUCCCGAUCGGGCUUGACGAACUUUCGGUCGAUAAUAAUGAAUCGGCGAAAGUAAUGAAUUCAUAUAUCAUUGAACAAUGUCCACGUUUAUAUGUCGACCGGUUGGCGCGACGUGCACCAAUACGAUCUGUCGAUGGACAUGAUUUCCGUCUUCUUCCUCGUGUGGAUUCUGAACUCGGUUGACGCUUUCAGUGACUUUCCGUCGCUGAUAUCCUCCAACGCCUCGAUGGCGGUCGUUAUCGACAAGAACUUUUUCGAUAACAAAGCCGAGUAUCGAGACAUUAUGAAAAAUAUUCACAAUAUCAUCGCAACAAUUGCGAGGGAGGAGAUGCAUACGAUUGACAUCAAUGUGCACGUCUUUCGCGGAACGAAAAUAAGCAGUCUUCGAGAUUACACGGUGCUUCUAUCCGUGACCAUGUGCCAGCAAAUGUGGAGCCUUCACGAUACGGCGCGUAAAGAGGAGCUCAUACAUUUAGCGAUAACAGAUCAGGACUGUCCACGGCUUCCUGAUUCGGAGGGUGUGAGCAUUCCUUUAAUAGUGCCAGGCAAAGAAUUGGCCCAGAUUUUCUAUGACAUAAGGGCGGUCGACGCUUUUCUUUGGAACAAUGUCAACAUACUGCACGACGAUACCUUCGACAGAAACACGAUCAGCAGUGUCACAAAAGCCAUAUCGAUCCCAUUGCCAAACAAGAAAUUUAGCAUGAUUUCCAGAUCGUUAUUCAGUUUUAAGUACGCUGACUCCCAACGUAUGAGAAGAUACAAUGUAAGGGACGUACUUGAAAACUUCCACAUGGACAAAUUGGGAAAAUACUUCCUCGUAAUCGUCACUAUAGACACAGCGGCUGACGUUAUGGAAAUUACAAAGACUUUAAAUAUGGCUUUGCCCGACACUCAGUGGUUAUACGUAAUCACUGACAGCGUGGCACGAAACUCUACGAAUAUCACCAGUUUUGUCGAUUUGUUGUUGGAAGGCAGUAACAUGGCUUUCGUUUACAAUGCAACUGACAGCGACGCAUAUUGCAACGUCAGUUUAAAGUGUAAUAUUCAGGAGUUAGUUGCGGCUUUGGCUUAUGCUUUAAAGAUAUCGCUGCUGAAUGAAAUAGAAUUGUACAGUCAUAUAAACGACGAAGAGUUUGAACUCGUUCGAUUAAAUAAGCACGAAAGACGUCAGGAGAUUCUGAAAAAUAUCAGAAUGAAGCUUGAGGACGAGACUUUCGCUACGGGCGGCAUCUGCGGUAAAUGCCUGUUUUGGCGGUUCGCCUCGGCCAUAACAUGGGGUAACUUUUUCCUUCACGACAAGAAUGCCGCGCACCUGAUCGAUUCGGGAACGUGGAUGCCCGGUUUAGGUUUAAAUUUGACGGACGCACUUUUUCCGCACGUCGUCCACGGUUUCCGAGGAAUCAACUUGCCGGUCGCCACGUAUCACAAUCCUCCGUGGCAAACCAUCUCGUUAACCAAAUCCGGCGAAAAGGAAUACGGCGGGCUGGUUUUUGACGUCAUAAAAUAUCUAGGGCAGAAAUUGAACUUUACUUACACGGUGCUCAGCCCGACGAGCAAUCGGACCAUCAAGUUUACUCGUAACGAUACUGCAGUCGAUGUGGUGUUAACGUCGACAACGAGAGAAAUGCCACCGCAAAUAGUAGACAUGGUUCUGGAAAAGAAGGUUCUCCUUGCAGCCUGCGCGUACACCGUGAACGACUUAGGAAAGGAAAAGAUCAAUUUUACCUUGCCGAUUUUUAUGCAAACGUACAGCUUUAUGACUGCAAAACCGGGCCAACUUUCUAGAGCAUUGUUGUUUACCGCGCCCUUCACCAAAGAGACGUGGGCCUGCGUAGCAGCAUCCAUUAUUAUAAUCGGCCCGAUUUUGUACCUAAUUCACAAGAACAGUCCAAACAGCUUGGGGACGUCUGGGCUCAACUCUUCUUGGCAAUGCGUGUGGUACGUCUACGGGGCCCUUCUUCAGCAAGGGGGAAUGUACUUACCCCAUUCCGAUAGCGCUCGCCUGCUGGUCGGUGUCUGGUGGUUGGUCGUUAUGGUCAUAGUAGCAACCUAUUCCGGAAGCUUGGUCGCGUUCCUGACAUUCCCGAACAUGGAUGACGCCAUCCUGACUGUGGACGAUCUUGUUGCUCAUAAAGGCAGAUUAACGUGGGGAUUUCCUAAUGGUAGCUUUUUAGAAGAGUAUCUAAAGAAUACCGACGAGAAAAAAUAUCAUAUUCUUCUCGAACGAGCUGUAAUUCAUAACGAAACGCAGGCGGCGGAAGUUAUCGGGAAGGUAAAGGCGGGCAAGCACGCGUUGAUCGAUUGGAGAAGCACGCUGAGAUUCUUGAUGAGGAGCGACAUGCUAUCGACCGAAGGAUGCGCCUUUUCUUUAAGCACUGACGAAUUUAUGGACGAGCCCAUAGCAAUGAUUAUAUCCCAAGAUAGUCCCUAUGUGAAGAUCAUUAACGCCGAGUUACAUCGCAUGCACGAGUCCGGAUUAAUGAACAAGUGGAUAACGGAGCAAAUACCGAUGAAAGACAAAUGCUCGGACAGCCUCUCCAACCAAGCCGUGACGGAGCGUAAAGUGAACGUCGCGGACAUGCAGGGCAUAUUUUUCGUGCUUUUCAUGGGUACCGUGGCUUUUUCGCGCGCUUUGAACGUGCACCGUCCGCGUCGAGUGUGUGACCGGGUCGAUACUUCUUCUGUGCUGCGAAUUUUGCUGGCACAAGCGCAAAGUGUCGAAGAGACGCAAGUUGAUUCAGCCUUUUGUCUCGUGAAUGGGAUACAGCGAUGGAUAGAUGAUAGAUUAAACGUCCCUACUUCCCGCGGAACAUGUGCAUGCGCAAUUAGAUUUUAUCGUUGUAUCCAGUAUUAAUUACAAGGACCAUUCUCGCGUGAACUACAUGUAACGACCACUUAAUUGUAAAUUAUGUACUUAGAUGACACAGUUUUACAAUUCCUCUACAGUGGCUAUUUUACAGUUAAGGUAAACCUUAGAAGGUUGCUUAUAGAUCAAAUGUAAAAUGUACAUUUUAUGUUUGAUAAAAUCGUACGAAUUUUAUCCUUGAGGCGGAACCGAUCGCUUAAAUGUGAUUACGUAGCGUUAUGUAAUGUAGAACCAAGUGAAAAAAAAUUAUUCUUUUUACGAUGGGCUUUUAGAGGAAUACGUUACAAGAUUAUUCUCUGUCAUAUAAUAAAAGCAAUUAUUCAUAAAUAUC